AUGGUUUCGACGAUUGCGAGCUCUACGCUUGGGGAAUCACACAAGGCGUGGAGAAGAGCAAUGAACAAGAUUUCUACAAGAAAAUAUAAAUCAGAUUACAACAGAAAAGGGCUGUUUAGAUUGCCGCAGAUCAACAUUUGGGUAUAUGUUCGAAAGCUACAAAGACAUGAUGCUUUUGCCACCUUAUCAGAACUUGCAAGAAGAAAUUUGCUAAAUUUAACAAACAAUGCAAGAGGAAAUACAGCAAUCCAAUAUGGAAAUGCUUCAGAGCUAUACUUUUCCCAGCUUGACGUAAUGCGAGAUGUGGCCAUGUAUUUGAGACACCAAGACAAUGUACUCCACCACAAGAGGCUGGUCAUAGAAAGACAAAACAGUGGUUUGCUGGGGAAAUGCGACUUGCUUAAUGACAGCGCAAUUGAUACUCAAAUUCUGUCCAUUGUUACCGGCCCUAUGGAGGAAAAUCACUGGUACGAUAUGACUUUCCCGGAAACAGAGGUUCUUCUGUUAUUUUUUACUUCGACAGAAUACGUUCUUCCUCCAUUUCUGAAAUCGAUGAAAAAACUAAAAUUUCUGAUGAUAUCCAAUUGCGGUACAAAGAAGGCAACGGUGAAAGGUCUAGAUGUCUUAUCUUCACUCAAUCAACUAAAGAGCGUCCGCUUUGAGAGGUUGUUUUCACCCCUUGGUGUAAAAGAGAACAUUGAAGCACUGCAGAACAUAGAGAAGUUAUCAAUGAGUUUAUGUGAAGGAUUUGGAAAUAUAUCCACACUCACCAAGCUACAAGAUUUUAACCUUGACCACUUCAGUGGAUUGGAGGAGUUACCCCUCGGUAUCUGCAAUAUGCCCUCCAUUCUGUCCUUGUCUAUUACCAAUUACCAUCUGCUUCAGAUGUUACCAGAUGAUAUAGGAAAUAUGAGCUCUCUCAGAAUGCUAAGGUUAUCGGUAUUACCAUGCUUGAAAGAGCUUCCUCGAUCAAUUGGAAAACUUGAACAGUUGGAAUAUUUAGACAUUUCAGCAUGCGAAGGCUUGAAAGAACUUCCAAAGGAAAUAGGAAAACUCAAGAAAUUGAAGGAAUUUGAUAUGAGAGAGUGUUCCCGUUUGAAGGCGUUACCUACAACAGUUUGUGACCUAAGUUCCCUGAAGCUUGUUAUCUGCGAUGAGAAGAUUGGCAAGCAGUGGUUGCGGGCCAGGAAUAUUUCUAUUCCGGAGCUGCGAGUUGAAAUUGUUGAGGCACAUUUUAGUUUGGAUUGGCUUGAUGAGUGA